CAUAGAAAGCUUCAUUACAAAAGAAAAAUGGAAAACACCGUUGAUUUGUGCUCCAUACUUGAAACCCGUCAAAGCUUCUUUGGAACGGAAACUCUGUUUUCUGAUCAUGUGAUCAUGGCAGCGAAAGAACCCUUAAACGGAGCCACUUCAUUCGACAUCUCUUCUCUUUUCUCUUCUAACCCAAGACCAGAACUCGAAAACUCUCGUCGGAUCAUGGACGAUUCCAUCGCUGCCGUGGUUGGCGAAAACGUUCUGUUCGGUGACAACAACAAAGUCCCUGCGACAGAGGUCCAAGGCGGUGGCGUGAAGCCGUGGCGGAAGGUGCCGCAGAAGAACGGAGGAUUCAUGGGAGUGAGAAAACGGCCGUGGGGGAGAUGGUCGGCGGAGAUAAGAGACAGGAUAGGGCGGUGCAGACACUGGUUAGGAACAUUCGAUACGGCGGAGGAAGCGGCGCGUGCUUAUGACGCGGCGGCGAGGAAGCUCAGAGGGACGAAAGCCAAGACCAACUUCGUGAUCCCUCCGCUUUUUCCGGAGGAGAUAGCAGCUCAGGCUCAGUCCUCCACGACGGAGGAGAAUAGGAGGAGGAAGAAGAAGAAAAGAGUGAAUGCGAGGAAGUGUGUUAAAGUCACAUCGGUUGCACAACUGUUCGGUGAUGCCAAUAUCAUAUCCUCUUCUACUAGUCGUCCAAAUGUGACUAGUUCUUUUAAUAAUCUUGACAAAAUGGGUUUAGAGCUUGAUUUGAAGUUGAGUUUAGGGUUGUGUUAAAAAGUGAUAAAUCACUUGUAGUUUGAGUAGUUCUCUUGUUUCAUUGGCAUUGUAUUGUUUUUUUGUUGUUGUUGUUGUUG